CUUCAAAUUUGGAAGCCUAGUUAAGCCAACGUAAAAUUUCAAUUUAAUAAAAAAUUUUCCAAAGUCGAGUAGAAUUUUCAGUCUGUCCAAAAAACUUGAGUCGGUCGGUCGAUUAUUUCACUCUGUCCAGAAAGUCAGUUUCAAUUUUUCAAAAAAAGAAGUUGCACGAAAAAACUACAAAGUUUCCUCCAUUGAAGAAAUGGCCGCCAGUAAAGAAGUCGUCGUCGUCACGUCCCCACGUCCCCUGCGGGUCAAGGGGGAGGCGCCAUUACACACCAAAAAGAAAAUUUCUCUCAUCGCGAAUCAUUACCCGGUCACCCUCCAGGAAAACUUCCCCGAGGAGAUAUACCAAUACGACGUGGUCAUCGCCAACGUCGACAUCAACGGAAACCCUGGGGGUGGUGGGGAUGCUGCAAAAAAGACCGAAAUUCCAGCACGGGUCGUGUCCGAAAUCUGGAAGGAGUUUGAGAAGCAGAACCAGGCCGUGUUGACCUGGAAGGUCCCCUUCGACGGGAGGAAGAUCGUGUUCACGGCGGGGAAGCUGGACUUUCCGAACGGAGAUGCGUACUCUGUCACGCUCGAGAUGGCCGAUCCAGACGACCCGGAUAAGCGGCGGAGGUUCAAAGUGGCGAUGAAAUUGAAAUCGACCGACGGAGGCAAAAUCUGGACGAGUUCGAUUAUUGAUUUUCUCCAAUCGUCGAGGGACGGUGGGAGGCCUGUCACAAACGGCAGUUCAAGGACUCGACGUGGCCCUGCGUCACGCCCCCUCGUUCAACUACAUUUCCUGUAAUCAUAGUUUCUUCAAUGAGUCUCCUAAGAAGCGAAUCCCUUUGAUCGGCGAGGACGGGAAGGAUUGGAUGCUAGAAUUGCUGCAAGGGCAUUAUCAGUCCCUUUGUCUGGGGUCGGAGGAAAGGGCGACGCUUAAUAUCGACCUGGCGUCGAAAGCAUUCUACAAGAAAAUGUCACUCGCUGAAUAUGUCGGCAAAGCAUGCAACUUGGCAGAGAAUGAUUCUUUUGACCUCGAUGCUUGGGAUGAAUGGUACAUCGAGGUUGCUACCGAGGCAUUAAAAGGAAAGCUUAUCAAGUACGGGACUGGACCACGUGACGCGAGAGGCGUGUACCAGAAAUAUCACACCUACACCGCGAACGCGUUGAUAUUCCAGUCCGCUGAGGGCUACACCUUCGACAUCACGGACGAAAAUGGGGCGAAAAGGUCGAUUAACAUCGUCGAAUACAUGAGGAAGUUUAAGAACACCGUGAUUCGACACCCAAAAUGGCCCGUGGUUCACGUGGGGAACAGAAACAUGACGAAUUACGUCCCCCUCGAGUUAUGCACCAUCGUUACCCAGCCGUACAAAGGGAAAAUGGAAGCCAACCUGACCAGUAAAAUGAUCAAGGGGGCAGCAGUGGGGCCGAAAGAACGAUUCAAGAAGAUUGAAGAAUCCAGAAAGGGAAGCGAAUUUGGGACGUGCGAAGUGCUGAAGGAAUUUGGAAUAGCUAUCGAAGAGAACCCCAUCGUUAUAGAGAACGCUUCCGUCAUCCCGCCACCCGUCGUGAGGACCUUGGACUCGAGGGGCGCUAAAGUAGAUGCCAACGUCAACCAGAAAGAGGGAAAAUGGAGCUUCACCAAUGGACCGUCCAGGAAAUUCCUGCAAGCUGCCACCCUCCCAAAGUGGGCGAUCUUAGAUUGCGACGGAGUUUUGAAGAAGGAAGGAGUUUCAGGGUAUUUUAUCUCGAAACUGACUGAAUUGGGGGAGAACCUUGGCAUGAAAGGGUUCCGAAUCACGCCCGAAGUAAAAUGUGUUACAAAUGGAAACCUUCGCCUUCGCCAUGGAGAAAAACUAAGCAAAGUAGAACAGGAGCGGAAGUUGGAACGAAUCCGUGUCGCCUUCAAAGAACUGAAGAAGCAAGAAGCAGAACGUCGGUCUGGUUAUCGUGGUCUUACCGACCGAUGGGAGCGACUAUGCCUUCGUCAAAGCGGAAGCGGAACUUGCGAUAAGCAAGGUCGGAAUUUUGACGGCUUGUAUCAAGUCGAAAAACGUGAAAAAGCCGGAGCUGAAUAAGCAAUCGCAGUUCAUCCAAAAAAUUGGAAAUUUUUUACUUAAAUUGAAUUCCAAGUUGUCAGGAACGAAUUUUUCAAUAAAGGAAUUGACUGAGAAGUAUUUUGAAGAGAAAACCAUGAUCCUGGGGGCCGA